AGUCGAUAUUGCAUUGGCUGAUUAUCAUUUUGAAAUUUCAUUUCGUUGAUUUCGUUAUGAUACCGUUUUUUAGAAAUUUCAUAAUGUCCAAAGCUAGCGCCGUUAAAAUUGUCCCACAAAAGCAUAUCGAUGAAGGAACUUCAUUUGCCAGUACAUUAAAAGCUCUAGAAGAUCCCAUACCUUCUCUUCCAGCUAAACCAAUUACUAUUUCUAUCGUUGGUGCUGGUCAGAGAGGUUGCGGAUACGCAUUUUAUGCUAAAAUGAAUCCACAAUUGGCUAAGGUUGUUGCUGUUGCUGAACCGCGUGAAAGUCGCAGGAAAAAAAUGCAAGAGACAUAUAAUAUUCCUGACGAAAAUGUAUUUAGCGAUUGGAAAGAACUCGCAAAACGUCCUAAGAUAAGUGACGCGAUUGUAAUUGCAACUUUGGAUCAUCUCCAUAUGGAACCCGCAAUCGCAUUUGCAGAUUUAAAAUAUCAUAUUUUACUAGAAAAGCCAAUGUCCGUCAAUCUUGAUGAAUGCAAAAAAAUUACCGAUGCUGCAAUCAGAAACAAAAUCGUGUUCUUAGUAGGACACGUGUUAAGAUACACUCCACAUAAUCGGCUUAUUAAAAGAAUUAUCGAUUCAGGGUUGUUGGGAAAUAUUAUUAAUAUUCAACACUUGGAACCGGUUGGUAAUUGGCAUUUUGCACACUCGUAUGUAAGAGGCAAUUGGAGAAAAGAACAAGAUUCUUGCUUUUCCCUAAUGACAAAGUGUUGUCACGAUAUUGAUUUAAUGUUGCAUUGGAAUGAUUCUCCUUGUGUGAAAAUAAGUUCAUUUGGAAACUUAUCACAUUUUAAUUCAAGAAAUAAACCUACCGGAGCAGGAGAUGCAAAACGAUGUCUAGAUUGUGCAUAUGAACCUUCGUGUGCAUAUUCUGCGAAGAAGAUUUAUAUCAAGUCAUUUGAAAACGGAAAUACUCAUUGGCCCGUAAGCGUGGUUACAGAUGUAUUUGAUAUUGAACAUUUGGCUGAAGCAUUAAAAACUGGGCCGUAUGGUCGAUGUGUCUAUGAAUGUGAUAAUGAUGUUGCGGAUCACCAGGUUGUAAAUAUGGAAUUUGCGAGUGGCGCUACAGCAACCGUUACAAUGGUUGCUUUUACUGAAUCCAUAUGUGAAAGAAAAACUAGGAUCUUUGGCUCUCUUGGAGAGAUAGAAUGUGAUGGUAUGAACACAAUAAGCUAUUAUAAUUUCCUAACGAAAAAGAAAGAAAUUCUAAACGCUAAAAAUAUCACUGGUGGUACUGAUUUGGGUGGCCAUGGUGGAGGUGACAUUGGCUUAAUGGAAGCAUUUCUUUAUGCAAUUUCAUCAAAAGACGAAUCUAACAAAUUUAAUGUUUCAGGAGCUGAAGAAACAUUCGAUUCCCAUUUAUAUGUGUUUGCCGCGGAACAUUCGAGGAGAAUCGGACAAGUUGUUAAUAUUGAAGAUUUUAAACACAAUACUGACAAAACCGAAAAUGAUAUUUAAAAUACUGAUUGAUUUAAAGCUAUAAUUUGUAUUAACGUAAAUAAAUUUAUUUAUUAUAAAAGAAACUUAUUUAUUUUUUAC